ACAGCCGUAAUUUAUCAGCCACUAUCAGCUAUUUUAUUGAUGUUCUGAGACAUUUUACUAAACAUGUUUUACUACCCCACAGUUUUAAAGCAUCACACUGGAUGUUUUUCUACAAUCUGGCUGGUUGCUACAAAAGGUAUCAGAGUUACUCGCCGGGAUUUCCUAAAAGUGAACGUCAAAAGCACGUGUGAUGACAUCAUGAACUAUGUGCUGGAGCGGGUCCCGCCACCUCGACCUGGUCUGCCACGACCUCGCUUCUCCCUCUACCUGUCCUCCCAGCUCCAGUACGGCAUCAUCGUUGUCUACCAUCGCCAGUGUGCUAUUCUCCUGGAGGAACUUCACACCAUUGUGGGCCAGCUGGUGAAACAGAGGACAUCCCAGAAAAUUGAUAUGGAGGACCACAGCAGACAAUCUCUGGUCUUCCCGGAUGCUCUGUCUCUCCUGGAGGAGACAGAAGGAGCUCCGGACCCUUUAUUCGGAGUGAUGCACAUGCAGCAUGCUAUACCCAGUCCCAGUACACUGAUACAGAUGGGUGAGGAGUAUCUGAGAGGAGCCUCUCCUGAGCAUCCUGAGCUGACCAGCCCAACUGCGGAUGUAGCAUUAGAAACCAGCAUAACUGCAUCUCCAGACACCAUCACUCUGAGAGAGAUGGAACCGGUUGCCAUCCCCAUUACAGAGUUUGAGGGUGUGGAGCUUGUCGAUCAGCAUCCAGAUACUAUUGACUUCCUCUUGGCCCAAACAGAUCACUUCCCAGAAGGAGAUUUGGAGAUACCAAGAGAAGAAGUGACACCGGGAGAGCAAGAGAGGGAGAUGGAAAGGGAAGGAAGAGAGGGAGACUUUGAGAAAGAGAAAGCGAAAGAGCUCACAGGAUCCACUCCUGAAUUACAGCCCACCACUCUCUCCAGUGAAGAUGCCAUAGUGUUGCCUCAGGAAGAGCCUGGUCUGUCAGUGGAGAGGCACCCCCCAGACUCCACCCCACCCCAACCCAUCUCUAUGCCCAUCCUUCCCUCGCCACCGUCUGCAGCAAGGGGACGUGAAAGACCAAGCCUAGAGUUAGAGGACAUCCCCCCUCCAGAGGUGGAGAGGAGGAAGAGAAAGAGGCAGCUGAUCUUCUUCGACCCGGAGACGCAGCUCUCCGAGGAGGAGCUGCAGCAGCAGAUUGAAAACACUCUGACUGAGACCAGACGUGCACCUCUCCCACUGCCUUCCUCUCACAGGAGUCGAUCUGCUGCUGAUCUUCUCAACAACCCCUGCACCGUCUUGCCUGAAGAGGUAGAGUUUCUAUGGAGACAGGCUGCGACUAUCACGCCUGUCUCCGGCUCGGACCUGCAGUUCGGGGAGAGAGGUACCGAGUCCACCGACUCUGAAAUGGAAAGAGAGCAGGAGAUGGUCGGAGUGGCCGAAACAGAGGAGGAGAGACCUGAGCUCAGCCCCAAAGAGGUCCAUAGAGAUCUGGCCGAACCAGAGAUGUUUGAUAUUUCAGGCCUGGGUGGUACACUGACGCUGGAGGCCUCUGACCAAAAGGAAGUAUCUCGAGAGAUCUCGCCUAUGUACACAUCGGAGAGAGAAGGGUCCACUGUCUCCAGGUCUGUUUCCAUACUGCAGGAUGUCCCAGAGGUGCUGGACGAGUUUCUGCAGAGAACAGCAGCAGAGUUUCCUGGGUUGCUGCCGGAGUUGGCUGAGCAUGAAUUGGCACCUGUGCUUUUUCAGUCUCUUCUGCCGCCAGAGGUCGACCGCAGAACUGUCAGCAACAUUUUUCAGAGGCUCCUGGAGACUUUAUCGGCCAGGAAGGUGCGUGUGGAGCAGGAAGAGCCUUAUGGCGACAUCUUGAUAUUACCUGGACCCAAUUACGAAGAGGUGCAUCUGCCUUUGUGACGAGUAUGCGGGUUAUUCGAGACAUUUUAUGUGUUCAAAAUUCUGGAUUCAAGCAAUAUAAUACAUUCAAAAAAGUCAUAAAAGUAGAAGGUUUCAUAAGCGAUCAUUUCCUAGGAUUCGUUAUUUGUGUAUCUUGUUUACAUGUUUGAAAUUAUUUAAGUUUUUAAAACAUUUUACCUGCUGUUUUUAUGUAAUUAAGCAUGGUUUUGCAUCAUUGUUCCCUGUUGCUAACAUGACCAAUAGUCUGUCUCAACUUCAUGACC